AUGUAUAGCCUAUCCAGGGAUAUCUAUGGCAAUCAAUUUAUAUUUAUUGAUAUCAAUCCUAUACAUUUGAAUCACUACAGUAGCCAGGUCCAACCUGAAGCCCAGGAAAGUGGUGAUUGCGUGCAUCAUGAUACCAGAGAACUUGGUGUUCGGUCGGGGAAGAACGACAGCAGAGAUUUUUGGAAGUUCAACGAUAUUCCUGUGGAAAUCGAGACUGUUUGUGUACCUGUUGCUGAUGAUAAAUCGCCCAGAAAGCUCAAGAUGGAGAGCUUCCCGAUUCUGUAUCCCCACCGAGUCUUGACCUACCUGUUCAAUGAGGAUGUUGCAGAAUACUGGCAACAUUCCCGUGAGAUGGGUGAGCCGUGGGCCAUCCACAGCCCAGCGAUGCUUUUGCUGGAGGAACUGCAAUACUUUGGGGCUGGAACUUUUGUUCAACAAUUGGAUAACGCCUACAAGAGUUUUCUGGACUUCUGCCGAAUGAACAAAGUGAAGCACUCGCAGCCCCCCUUUGUACCCAAGAUGGUCACAAGGCCGAAGACUGGCGAAGUUGGGCUUAUUGCAAAGGCCUGGAAUGGAAGGUGCAUCUUGAGCUGGCUCAACCACUGCCUACUGGAUGUUGUGAACCAACACGGUGACAAUGAGAAAGUUGUCAUUACGAGUGCAGCCCUGACCCUUGUUAUUGAUAUAUUAAACCUGUAUGUUUUUCCCCAUUGA